AGUUGGGGGCGUGGCGGCGCCUUAUACGGAAGCCAAUCAGGGAGCGGCGGGGUAGAAUUUGAAUUCUAGGCGGAGGCGCAACGGCUAGCGGAGUUGCGCGACGCGGAGCCGAAUAAGCAGCGGCUGUGGCAGCAGCAGCAGCGAGGGAGAGAGCAAGAAGGAGAGAAGUGGGCUGGCCGGCCUUGGCGGAUACCCGCGGCCAUGAGGAAGAGGUGGGCAUUUGGAGGACGAAGUAGGGGGCGCUCUCUGGUUCGCAGGCGGCUGCCCGUCCGGUGUAACUCCGCAGUCGCCUCGCCGCGAGCCAGGCUGGCCAGGAGCGGCCUCUGCCCCGGAGCGUCGCUCUCUUCCCAGGUGGCUGGUCGGUCAUGGGGAGGGUUCCUUUCCCGCCCCUGAUGGACUACCUUCCCUCUCUCGCAGCGAGGUUUUGGCCAGCGAGUCGGUGGCCUGCCUGAACCAGGCGCUGUUCCAGCUGCGCGACAUCUGGGAGGAAAUCGGCAUCCCCGAGGACCAGCGCCUGCAGCGCACCGAAGUGGUGAAGAAGCACGUCAAGGUGAGCAGGGCCGAGAGAUCCUGCCAGCUGAGCAAGGGCGAGGCCAUGCGAUGCCUUAUGCUGACUCAGAGCAGUGGCCCAUCUCCCCCAGCAUUGGCUGCACUGACUGGCAGCCAUGGCAGUCCGGGGUUUCAGACAGGGUCUUCUCGCAGCUUGACCUGGGGGUUGGACUUUCUGCAUACAAAAGCAGGUGCACUGUCACUGAGCUGACAUGGUCCUUUCCUACCAGGGCUGGCAUAGAUAUUAGGCAGGGUGAGGCUGCCUCAUAGCCCCCAGAGUGGCAGGGCAGGGUGGCAUUUUCCAUUUUGCCUCAAGUGACUAAAUGAGACACGCCAUCCCUGUUCCCUAUUGCACCGCUCAACCAGCUCCUGCUGGGCUACAACUUCUACCCUCCCCAGUUAUCUUAGCUAGUAGUCAGAGAGGCUGAUGGCAGCUGUAGCUCCAAAAAUAUCUGGAGACUGAAAAUUGAAAAAUGCUGUUUUGGAUCAGGGGCUCCCAAACUGGUCUGAGGCUCUUCAUUCAGGUCACUGUGGCAUGUCUACUUUAACUGUUCAUAUUGAUUUUUAACCAUAAUUUAAUUGCUUGUUUCAUUUGUUUGUGUUUUUUGUAUUUUGUUGUAUUGCUAUCUGUCUGUCUGUCUGUUUGUUUGUUUGUUUGUUUGUUGUUUGAUUUAUAUACCACCCUUCAUCUCAGAGCAGAACAAACUGUGGAAUAAAAUCAUACAGCAUUUGACAAUACAGCAUUACAAUUUCUACAGAAGGUGGAAAAAUCAUUAAGCAGUCUGAGUGGGGGGAACAGAGAAUAGAGGAGGCUCACCUGGCCUCACGGUUCAAGGUCAAGACCUGUAAGAUGAGUCCUGUGACUGGAUUAGACCAAAAGCCCAUCUUGUCAUGAAACAGAACACAGGAAAAUGCCUUAGUACUUUGGUCCAUCUAGCUCAGUAUUAUUCACUGGCAACAACUCUUCAAGGUUUCAGGUUUCCCAGCCCUACCUGGAGAUACCAAGGAUUGAACACCUGAAUGUAAAGCAGGUGUUCUACCAGAACUGUGGCCCUUCUCAUCCUAUAGUAGCCUCACUGCCUCCUGUGGGAGAGAAUUCCGCAAUUUAACUGCGUGAACAAUUUUCCUUCUGUUUGUCUUGAAUCUCCCUACAUUCAGCUUCAUUGGAUGACCUGUUUGGUUAUCACUGUCUGCUUUCUCCACACCGUGUGUAAUUUCCUACUACUAUAUUGUAAACAAAAUCUGCCCUUAUUCCCUUAUGAGGGACACAAGAGCCCUUAAAAAGUCCUUUGUAGGUUCCCCAUUGGUAGGAGAAAAUAACAGAGGCCAACCAGAGAAUAUUGAGAAGCAAAGCAGCUAGUGAGCCUGAUUAAAGCUGUUGCAGCAGGGUGCUCCUCACAAGCAAGAGAGAGGAGGAGGAGCCCGAACAAUGGCGCGCAAGGCCUUAUAUAGCCAUUUUGAAAUUCCCUGCCCUGUAGCUCAAAACCAUCCCUCCAUACAUCAUACCGACAUCACAGAAAAGGCGAUCUACAACAGAAAUUUGAAUGCUGUUCUGCCAGGUUAUCUGAUAAUGCCUUAUCUGAUUGCCUUUCCUGGUAGUCUGGCCAUUCCUUUGAGAUGGUAAUUACAUUGAGACAAUGGGAAGGUUUUUUCACCUCCUUCCUCCUUGCAGAAAAACACUUGGUCAGCUUGGGAGUCAAAAUGGUUUAAGGACUGUCUUCCUGUGCUGCUUCACACAUGUGGUUUAUUUAUUUAUUUAUUUAUUUAUGUGUUUGCUUGGUGCAUUUAUGAACAUUUAUUAUAUCUCUAAGACCUUAAAAUCUUAAAAUUCUUAUAACAAUAUCCUGCCUCCCAUUAUCACCUUUUCCAAAAUGCUGUAACCUUUCCUCACAAGGGAGUUGCUUCAGCACCUUGAUCAUUUUGGUUGCCCUUUUCUCUACAGUUUUUCUAAGAUGCAGGAACCAAAACAACCUUACAGUCUAAGUUCAGCUGUACCACAUUUGUAUGAAGAUGUUACAAUAUAGGCAAUUUUAUUUUUGGCCCCUGUCCUAACAGUUUCUUUUUGGUGAAGGACUUGUGCAUGAUCAUCACGAAAAACAAGCCCACAUGUGCAGGGCUUUCUUGGGAAUGAUCAGCGGGGGCCUCUGACAUGCUCUACUGAUAUGGAGCUGCAAGCACCAGGGGAGGGGGUUUCCUAGAUUAAACUGACUGGGCUCUGCAGCUGCUGUAGUGUCGUUGCUUGCUCUGGGUUCAAUGCUGCUUGCUCUUGUGCCAUCAGGGCUUGCUUGACAUGAUGAUUGCGGAGGAGGAAAACCUCAAAGAGCGUCUCCUGAAGAGCAUUGCAGUGUGCCGCAAAGAAUUGGUGAUACUCUGCAAGGAGCUACAACUGGCUCCUUUUGAGGUGAGGCUGUGGGCUGGCGAAUGUGGCUCAGAUGCCAUCUCUUAGAGGGUGGUCCUGCUGAGCUCAGGAGGACUGUUUUUCUCACAGGAGGACGAGGAGACCACCAUCCUGCAGCUAGAGAAGGACCUGCGCACCCGUGUGGAAGUAAUGCUGAAGCAAAAGCGGGAGAGAAAGCAGGAGCUGAAGGUGCUGCAGGAGCGAGACCGGGAGAUGUGCGACCUGCUUUGCACAGCUCCCUAUGACAUUGACAGUGAGGCUGUGCCCAGCCUGGCGGAGCUGGACCACUUUCGGCGCCACUUGGCAGGACUAGUAACUGAAAAGGUGGGCACACUUUGUGUGUGCAUGAGCAAAGGGGGAGAGGCUGAGGUUGGGGCUUGAUGGGUAAUGUCCUGCUUUGUCCUGCUCCUCCAGGAGCGCCGGCAGAAGGAGUUCCUGGACACCAAGAGGCAGAUCAUCCUGUGCAUGGAGGAGCUGGAGCACACCCCAGACACCAGCUUUGAGCGAGAUGUCGUGUGUGAGGAGGAGGAUGCCUUCUGUCUCUCUGAGGACAACAUUGCCGCCCUGAAGGAUCUCUUGCAGCAGGUCAGAGGGUGGGGUCUGGGAGAAGGAUCUGGGGGGCCUUGCCUGUGACAUCCCAUCUCUUCUGCUGCUUUAGUUUGGCUCACGCUGGUCUUUCUGUCCCUAGCUCGAGAGCAGGAGAGCUCAGAAGGAAGCCUUGUGCCAAGAGCUGCGUUCCAGGAUUCGGGUGCUGUGGGAGCGGCUGCAGGUGCCUGCGGAGGAAAGGGAAGCCUUUGCCCCCUACAUGGUGGGAGCCAAAGCCGCCAUCAUGGAUGCUGUAAGGAAUACUAAAGGCCUGAGACCUCGGACCAGCAGCAGUGGUUCCUGUGCCAAGCCAACAGGGAGAAGGGGUGCUUUAUGCUGGGCUGUUGCUCUCAGGAUCAAAGGGGAGCUGUUUCAAACCUUCCUCUGCCUGCUCCAAAUCCCAGUGCACCAUAAGACAGCCCCUCUCAUGUUCUGUGGUGCACGCAGGAGGGGAGAGGGGGUCAGUGCCAUCAGGGCAUGUGUUGACCCUUUGUUCUUCCCCAUCUAGCUGAAACUGGAAGUGGAUCGCUUGCAAGAGCUGAAGUUUCAGAACAUCAGAAAUGUGGUGGAGGCCACCCGGGCCGAGCUGGCAGACUACUGGGACAAGUGUUUUUAUGGGGAUGAGCAGAGGCGAGCCUUCUACCCCUACUAUGAAGGUGAGCAAGUAGACCCCUCCCCAGCUGUUGCUGCUGGGUAUAGAUUGAUUGGCUGUGGCCUCUUCCUACUGGGCAUCCUGUUUGUUCCCCCUCCUUCCCAGAUGACUUCACUGAAGAGCUGCUGCAGCAGCAUGAAGAGGAAGUUUCCCGGUUAAAGCAGUGCUACGAAAGGCAUCAAGAGCUGUUUGAAUCCAUCCACAAGUGGGAGAAGAACUGGCAUCUCUUCCAGGAGCUUGAGGUACAGCCAGACGCCACACAGGUGGCCAGAUGUCUGGUGCUGGGCCAGGUGGGAAGCCACUGAGGGCCAGCCUAGGGUGGCUUCCCAAGCACAAGAGGCCUACCCAUUUCCCAACUUCUCCCUUUUCAGAGGAAGGCGACGGACCCCAGCCGCUUCACCAACCGAGGGGGUAACCUUCUGAAAGAGGAGAAGCUGCGAGCGAAACUUCAGAAGACUCUUCCAAAGGCAUGUGGCCCUUUCUGCCCUUGGGAGGGACAGGCAGAAGGCCAACCAGCCUGCUGUUUGCUUUGCACCCUGGUUGUGUAGCUUAGCUGAAGCCAGUUGUCUCUCGUUGCAGCUGGAGGAGGAGCUAAAGGGGCGUGUGGAGCUUUGGGAGCAAGAGCAGGAGCAGGCCUUUCUGGUGAAUGGGCAGCGCUUCAUGGAGUACGUGGCAGAGCAAUGGCAGCUCCACCACAUGGAGAAGGAGAAGGAAAAGCAGGAGAGAGUGAGUGAACAAGCUGAGAGCCCUCAAGCAUCUUCCAUCUCCGUAUCACUUAACAUUAGGACCCCUUUGUCCUUCUUGCUUUAGUCUGAAAAAUGGACUCCUUUUUCUUUUCUCUGGCUGGUGACUGAGAUCACAGGCGGCUUAACCAAGGUCUCCAAAGGAUGGGAAUGAGCUGAACCAUCCGCACUGGGUGUUUGAGGCCUUGCUUUGUGUGUCUGAAGUACAGGGGAGAGGGGGAUAUACUUUGGAGCAAUGGUCCCAAAGCUGACACAUGCUGCUGUGAGAACCACCCAGUAAUUUGAAGCUUAAAAUUAGCUGCUGGGCUAUCUUGGGCAACCUGAGCAGGAGUCAUCAGUACCCCUCUGGCAGUGGGUAGGUAGGCUGAAGAGAAGAUGCCUGCAGAGGACUUCAGUCCCACCAGUCUUGUAGCCAGACAUGAAGGACUUCUUGCUGCCUUCCCUUUUUGUGACCGAUUUAACUCACUUGCUUGCCAUCCCCUUCUGGGGCUUCUGUGGAUACCAAUCACCCAAUUCCUUUUUCUUCCAGCAACUCAAGAAGUCCCGCCAGAUUGAGGAGGAGAUGAUGUAUGGCAGCACCCCACGGACCCCCAACAAGAGACGGGGCUUGGGCUUCAUCACACCCAGCAAAGUGCGGAAGGUCCGUGUUGCCAUGUGAUGCUUCAUGCAGAAGGGGCACUUUCUUUGUUAGUUUGUUCAUUCCCUAGUACCACAUGUGCAAUGAAUUAUGAAUUUCGGUGGUUUUUUUGGUUAUUCUUGAAAUAGUUAUGGGAUGGCAGUGUGGCUUUUGUUGAGCAUUUCGAUUGCACAGUAAUGUAGAAAAGUGGUGUACAAAUUAGCAAUGAAAUAAAAAUGCUGGAAAUGUAAACAUUAGUGCAAUAAAACCAAAUGAUUUUCAUUGACCAAGGAAAAAAUGCCCAAGGAGCCAAAGAGAAUUGAGAAUCCAUCACAGUGGCUGUAAGAACCUGUUUUUGCAAAAUACUGAGUGGAAACGCAAAUUCCAGGAAUAGCUGAGAUAAAAAGCAAAGAUGUGUGAAUCACAAAGCUCACACAAGAGGAAAGGAGGCAAACCUAAUAAAUUUCUGCAGAACUACAGUAUAUUUACUGAUUGAUAGUCUAGCAAGGUAUACUCCUCAGGAGAUGAUGUAAUAGUAAAUAGCAUAGCUAUAACCCUUUAUUAAUCCUGACCUUUUGCACAAUAUUUUCUUUUAUAUAAAAAAACCAAGUCCUAUGGUGCAGCCACAUCCAGAGCAUUAUACACAGUUCUGCUUGCUCUUAAUAUGUAUCCACACACCCUUCUGAUAUUUGAUAGGGUUGGAGAUGGUGUAAAAAAAGGGGGGGAGAGCUGCACCUCCACUGUGAAGAGAUGUUUUAUUGCUAGGUGCUUGGGGUGGGAAAAAAGUGCUUUUGCCACCUGGAGUUAGGGAGAGCGCACUUGUGUUAACUCAUGGCUUUUUCUUGCAGCUUAACACCACAGCUACCCCGAACAGCACCAUCCGUUCAGCAUUUGGGGGCUCUCUGUUCCACUCCCCAACACCCCACCCAGCACUCUCUGGAGGAAAAGUAAGCAGCAGCUGCUGGUAUCUAAAUUCUUCCUGUUUCCAACAUUUCCUGAGUGCAAAUCUUUUUUAUAGCUAUGCAUGGACCCAAGAGGGAAAUUAUCAGCAAGGGCUGGGGGCAACCUCAUGGUUUACUGAAGUGCAAGAAAACUUUUUAUUUUUAAAAAAGUGUUAAUGUUUAUUACUUGCUUUGUAAAACAUUAUUUAGGCAACAUACAUUUAUUCCUCCCAACCAUCCUCUUAAGCAACGGGUACUGCAAGUAGAAAAGAGGCCAUCUUCCUAACACUUCAGCAAAAGUUCUGUUGCCACUUUUAUGCCCAGUCAGAAGAAUGCAGUGCCCUCGUAGAAUGUUGUUCUGUGUUGUCCCCCACCCACCCCUGUGGCUUACUGGUUCCUGGUUGCUCAGUAACCUUUUCUGUGUUGCUUCUCUGCAGGGCUCCCGGAAGCUUGUUGUCAAAAGCUCUAACCUCCAGUGCUCCUCCCCGCUGCCUCCGCAGCCUGUCCGGACUCCCAGCCGCAUGGCCCCCAAGUCCCCUCGCCCAGGACCCAUGGAACACAACAAGGAGAACGUCGCUCAGCUCAACAGAACAGUUCUGAGCGGUGGGUGCAUCCCUGCAGCCCCUGCCCAGAGCACCUGCAGCAUUAACUCUGUUGCCAGCACCUAUUCCGAGUUUGCGGUAAUUUCCCUCUUCUCUCAACGCCUCUAACCUGACAGCCACCACUCUCAGCAACUGGGCUGCCAGCUGCCCUUGCCUGCCCCACUCAUUCCCUUGGGGAGCCACAGGCCACCCAGGAUGCUGUGAGCCACCCUUGAACUGUAAUGAAGCAUGCAGUACAACGGUAAUCAUUUCACAUUUUCCUUCCCAAGAGCACCCCCUCCCUAGCUGAGCCAACCUCCUAAUGCAACGAGCCAGCUGUCCACUCUCCUCUGCUUGGUUGGUCUCAAACAUGGACGGCACCUGGCCCCACACCUGGCUUGCGGUGGCACUUUAUGGAUAAACUCAGGUUGCAUGUGAGCCUAUGUAAUAAAGCCGUAGCCCCAUGUAUGUGUUUGAUGGAAUGGAAAGCAACUUCGGGGAGGGGUGUGAACAAGCAUAGAGCAGUGGAGAGGGAAAGAGUGUACCUGGACACUGGGAGGGGGGCAUUUGGAAAGGGGUUGAGCACCUCUUUAUUCCCCUUGCAUGUGUUUGCCUGCAAUAUACCUGCAUGGAGCUUGGUGUCAGUGGGGAAGGUGUCCUUGGGUUUUGUGGUGUUGGCACACCUUCCCUUCUGCCCUGGGCUGGGACUUCCACACUCACAAGAGGGUCUCCACUGCUCUUUGAUCUAGCUUGCUAAGUUACAUCACAUAGAAUUUAUCUUUUCACAGCAAGAACUUUCAAAGGCUUCCAGAUCUGACUUCAAAUCCCGCAUCCUUAACUCCACGGUUUCCAAUGCUGAGAGCUGACGGGGAGCUUGUACACAGCGGCAAAGGAAGGUAGCCAAAGGAGCUGGCACCACUGGACUUCCCUCCUGGGGUUAGGCAAAGCCGUGUGCCUCCCUGCUUGGCCCUGUUGCCCGUGGCAAUGGAGGCAGGGCCACUUUUAACUAUUUGUUCCUUGUUUUUACCACAAUGAUUUUUUUAAACAAUUUUUUUUGUAUAUUAAAAAGAAUAAAAUGUAAAUGUUGCAAAGGGUUUCUUAUAAGUAAGCCUACUCUAGUGCACAACUUGCUGUCUAGUCUAGGGUUCCAGCAGCAAGGGAAGAGGGAUCCUGGCCCACCCCAACCUAUACUCUUGCAAGCCUCUGGAACAUUCGCUCCUGCCCUCUGCUAGGCAAAGGGUGCAAGAGAGCCCACAGUGGCAGCACUCCGUCCAUCCUGUUUAUGUGGGGAGAAUAUUUACUGUCCUCCGUGGUGCUUAUGCAGCUGCUUUUGGGGGAGGGAGUAGUUGCAACAGAAGUGGGGAGGGAAAGCAGGCAGCCCCUAAACUUGCUUGCAGUAGGAAAAAGUGAUCAGGUCCUGGGGCUUUUUAGGACGUGUCCCCAUGCUUGCUCCAGAGGUCUUGUUCCACUGGAGAGAAGCACAGCUCACCUUUAGUUAUGACAAAUAGGACGGGGCUGACUUCUUGCUGCUGCCUUUGAGCUGGGCUAGUCCUGGCUUCCUCUUGGGGAUGGGGAAGGAGGAGGAGAGGCUUCUGCCAACCACCCCCACCCUCCCCAUCAUCGUGGCUAGAUUUGCACCUUGUUUUCACUACAGUGUCCUUUAUUUAUUUGUAUGGCAGUAUGUUCACAUCUUGUUUAUCGGCUGUUCUGUAUAAUGACUAAUCAAUUGUAUUGUUCUGAUGAGGGCUCUUAGCUGAGGAGAGCAGUCUAACUCUACUCCACUUCUACUGCAAUGUCCUGCUGCCUGGCAUCUGGCUUCUUGCCCGAAGAACCAUGACUGUGAUGCAGGCUAAUAAGGAUGACAGUGGCAGCAACAGCUUUAUUCACAAAAUGACUGUUCCAACAUCUGUUUUGUCCAUCAUGGCAAUUUAGCGCUACAUAAAAUAUGCUCUGUAUAACUCUGUCUCUGUGGUGUUCUUGGAGUUGCUAAAACAGCUCCCUCUUUUAUCUAAAGAUGCCCUUGUGUUGUCCAUUGAAGUAGCUGUUACUGGAAGGCAGGUGGAGGGAGGAUUAGAUGAAGCCACUACACCUGAUCUGGGACUUGGAUAAAGUCGGAUUAAGCCUCAACUCAGACAGUAGAGCACUGAACUGGAGCAGCAGUAGGAGCAGGUCCUGUUCAUGCUGUCUUCCCAAAGGUUUCUGGAUUCUUGCCCUCCAUCUCAGCUGUUAUCGGGCCACAGCAUGUACAUAGGUAGUCCAUGGUCCACAUACCACGUCUACUACACGUAGACCCCAGUCCACAAAGCAGGACACCCUCUUUGCCUCGUCAGAGCUGGCUGUCUGCCCAUGCCCCAGUUGGCCAUAUUUACCUGCAACCAAGAAGAGCUAUUGGCACCAGUUUGCCCUUGGAGCAGGAAAAGGAGAAGAUGGAGUACUAACCCCAAGGGCAGCUAUAAUCCACCCCCUAGCUUACUUACCCCAGCCCCAGGUGUAGAGCUCUCCUGUACCUGAAAUACAAGGAUGACCUGUGUUUAACUGAGGUUGUUGAAGGAUAACAGUUGAGCACCUCUUUGGGGGAAUGGGGCAGAUCCAAGAAACAAUGGAAAAGGAAAAACCUUCAGGACCCUUUUACGCUAUGUUGUGAUUUCCCAACCAUGCAAAAACCAAAGAGCUUGUGCUGUUUAGGAACUCCAUGUGCAGCAAUUUUGACAGUAAGCAGUUUUGGGAGGGCUGCUGGACAUCCUUACACAUAAAUUGUGUUAGAUGUCAGACACAUUUUAUGCACAUUUGUCCUUCACUCUUGGAUGUUGCCCCUUCCACAAAUGAGGCUCAGGUGGACAGCAACAGCCCCAGGAUAUCUUUCAGGUACUGGGCAGUGAAGCCUUCAUCCUGCUGUCCCUGUGCUCCCCUCACUGAAAGACAAACCCAGCAUCCUCUUACAUGUCACAGCAGCGGUGUGUCGUGAACCACAGCUGAUCUUACAGACAUCUGCCCCAUCUGGCAUAUCCAGCAAAGCAGGGAAGGCUUGGAUCGAAAUGAAUGCAGCCUUGCAGGGUCCUUGUGCUGCCUCCUGCUCUGUCAAUCUCAACUCCAUGUCCCCUAGAAACAACCCAGUAUAGGGUAAAUAAAACUGCCAAAGUCAACUCAUACCCCAACAACAGCCACGGGGUAUAGUGUAUGUUUGCCCUGGGCAAAGUUUUCCAAAAUAGCAUCUAGCUCUGUCCCAGAAGUGGCCUCACCUCUCUUCACCUCUGCCGUGGUGGCUCUACUCUCAGCCACAGAUUUGGAAGGUAGGGCAAGUUGUCCCGUCUCGUUCCAGCCCCAGACAUACAAAUCACCUGCUUCUGGCAAAGAGCGAGAAAGAGAGCAGCUAGGAGCUCAGUCCAGGACCAACGUGGCCUUUUUCCCAAGGAAGAGGCCUCAUAGGGCUGGCAAAAUGUAUUCUCUAGCGAAAGCUGAUUCUGGCCCUAUGAGGGAUUUGGCUUCCCAUGCAGAGGGGAGUUUAUUAUUUGAAAGCGAUGGGAAUGGGAAAGGUUGUAUCAGAAGCCUCACCCCCAUCUUUAUAUUUUUGGGUUUAUAACUUUAAGAAAGAUUAAGACAGAAAAAGUAAAUAAGGGCAAAGGAGGUAACUGUUAGAAGUAUCUUUAACAGCUGUGAAGAAAAGGGAACUUCACUUCUGUAGGAUAUGCAUCUCUCAAACCCCCAUGAACUAUUUAGGCAGUGGCAGUGGCUGAUUGGUGGUCAGCCCUGGCCAUUGAGGGAGGAGGUCCAACAAAAAUAUGUAGACAGCCACAGGAUCCCUGCCUCUGUUCAAGGAGCAGGAGCCCAGUUAACCCCUGACACCACAUCAACAAGCCUCAAAAGGUUGGCAACAACAAUUCUGUUGAUAUUUUUGUUGCUAUUGUUAUUACCAACACAAAAAAGCAACAGCAAGUCUAUUUUGGGGUGCUGGAAUCCCUAGCUAGUCACUGCUUAAGAUGGGCCACUACAGACCAUGCCCUCCUGCCCCCUUACCACUAAUGCCAGCUGAAUGCCAUCCUCCAGCUGCCACAUCCACCAGGGGCACCCCGUACAAGGCUUCCACCAGCUGGGGUUCUGUCCUGCUCUCCAGCUCCCCAUGGCCCAACUGCCCAUGCCUGGGAAGAAAAGACAGGAGGAAGAGGAGGAACCACCAUGCUUCCCCUCCCCCCCCCAUGCAGAAGCCCACCUGGCACCAGGUAAGAACCUAAGAAGAGACCUGCCAGAUCUGGCCAAUGACCAUUCUAGUCCAACAUCCUGUUCUCACAUUGGCCAACCAGAUGCCUGUGGAAACCCACAAGCAGGAUCUGAGCCUAAGAGCACCUCUCCCCUUCCUCUACUGGCUUCCAGUAACUAUGGAGGCAGAGCUUGCCAAUGGCUAGUAGUCAUUGUGAGCCUUCUCCUCCAUGAAGCUGCCCAACCCUCCUCUAAAGCUGCCAGCCAUCACUGCCUCCUGCAGGAGGUCGGUUGCUAGUUUUAACCAUAGCCCUGCCAGGAAGGAAACGCUAGUCCUCACCUGCGCCAGACUCACCUGCCGCCUCCCCACGAGAAGAGGGCCCCCUCUGUGUUCAGCAGCACCGCAUGUUCGUAGCCCAGGGCCAGCUUGCGAGCCUGCAAGGUGGAGGGCAGAGGGGUGAAGAAAGGGGGCCGAGGGGCCACGUACCCACCAGGCACCAGGGGCAGCUCUGGGGCAGAAGAGAAAGAGGGUUAGGGGCAGAAAGGAUGAGCCUCAUGGGGUGCAGCAACAGCUUCCUCUUCUUUCAGGGCCUCGCUUCUGCCCGCGCACCUACCUACCUACGGUCGCUGCUUCCUCAGGAAGGAUCUCGCACCUCCACGCCGGCUCUCCUUCCAGGACCAGGGCCGAACCCUCCACCGGCCAGCUUUCCACCGCCGCCUCCCGCAGCACCAGCACGUGCGUCUCCGACGCCAGCACGUCCCGGCAGUCCUCGGGCAGCGCCGCGCAUACCGCGCCUUGCAACAGCACCGGGGGGGACCCUGCGGGAGGCAGAAGGCAAGAUGGGGCGGAUUGGAGCUCUCAGUCCAUGCGGAGCAGGAGGCAAAGAAAUAAUAUCGGGGCCACAGAAAAGGAGGAAAUCACCCCACCCACCCCCGCCAGGGACGAUCAGGCAGCAACCUAGAAAGGCGGCUUGGGGCCACCAUCAAGGCUCAUGGAGAAACUUCCCGCUCUCCUCUAUCGACGGGAUGGGGCUCCUGCGAGCUGCCUGGCGUCGUGGGGUUGCAUCUCCCGCAGCCCCAGCAAGCAGGGGAGGAGUUUGAGGUGACGAUGGGGGAUGCAGAGCAGCAUCUCCCCCACGGCCGGGACCCCUUAGUCUGUCCCUUCUAUAUGCCUUGGAGCGCGCGGUUCCCCGCUCCUGCUCAGCCUAAGAAAAAGGGGUGGGGAAGCAUGAACCCCGCAUGGCCCCGGGACUCUGGCGGGUGCCUCUCACCGCCGGCGCGGACGAUCCCGGAGAAGCUCCAGCUCGGCCUCACGCAGCGCACUGGCCCGGCCUCGCCCCCGACCAGCAGCGGCGCCACUUCCAGCCCGGCCUCCGUCGCCUUCCCGAAGCAGAAGCCGAACUGGAACCAGCCGCCGCCGCCGCCGCCGCCGCCUCCGCCUCCCCGAGCUCCCUCCGCCAUCUCCGCCGCCCGGAAGGCGAGCGCCUCUUGCGGCGGGUCGGGGAGAAGAGGCGCCUCAGUCGGCAGUUUCCACCCUUUCCCUGGCUCUUUCUUGCUCUUUCCGCUCAAAGUUGAUGGCUAGUGCCGGGACUGGGUAAUAGGCGGAUCCAGAAUUCAUAUGAUUUUUUCAUUCAAAUUAAAUAAAACCACCAUGAUACUGUAGACCAUGUCUGAAGGCAGAACAAAAAAAAAUCACGCACCCACUGUUUCGUGGGGCCACUAUGGUGCAAAAACAUGGUUAAAAAACACGGAUCCUCAUGAUUUUUGCACUACAGCAGUCCGAAGCCACCAUCAGAUCAAACAUCAUGGCCAUGGGCACAGCAUGCACCACAAAAAACUCGGAUCCACGGCUUCCAUGGGCA